AUGACACAAGUAUUGUUUUACGGAUGUUUGUUUAUAACAUUCUCGCCCAUUUUAGCAUUCUUUUUUUUAGUUAUUGCAAAGAAUAGUCAAUUGGUUAUUUUAACUAUUGGAGGGUCAUUCUUUUGGUUAGUAUCGAUAUUAUUAUCAGCGAUUUGGUGGUAUAUUAUACCACCAAUGAGAGAACAAUGGUGGUUUACAAUACCAUUUGCAGUAGUAUUUCAAGAAGCAAUUAGAUAUUUAUUUUACAGACUAUAUUCAUGGGGUUUUAAUGAUAGACCAUCAUUAAAUCAAAUUAAAGAAACACAACAUCAAAUGUCAUUAGAUCAAAUGAAAAAAAGAAAACAAGUAAAAACAUCCUAUCAGAAUGAAAACUAUAACAAUGAUAAUGACAAUAAUAAUAAUAAUAAUAAUGAUGAUGAUACCUUUAGUAUAGAUAAUAAAAAUGAUAGUGAUGAAAAUGACAACGAUAAAUCGGAAUCAAAAGAAUCAGAUAAGGCUGAAGUCGUUAUCAAUAAUAGAUUAGAAACAUUAUCAGCAAGACCCAACCACACACUUUCAGCCACCGCCAUUGGUGUUGGUAACGGAACUGCUUAUGGUUUUAUUAUGUUUGGUUCAAUUCUUUGGGAAUCAACUGGUCCAGGAACCAUGUUCUCACCAGCAUGUCCAACAGUCAAUCUCUUCAUGCUCUCUUCAAUUAUUACCCUUUGCAUGACCAUUUUACAUGUAGUUUAUAAUGUUUUAGCUUUUCAAGGUUACAGAUCCAGAAAAUAUCAUUUAGUAGUUUAUGUUGUAAUAGUUCACUUUUUAACAUCAUUUUUAACACUUUUAAAUCAACCAAGUAAAAGUUGUAUUGGAUCUGUUUUACCAAUUUCUUUAAUCACUAUUUUUUCAGUUUGUUUUUGUCUCUAUUCUUUACUAAAGAGUGAUUCAAUCACAAAAACUCAUUAA